UAACUGUGAUUUUUGUAACUAGAAGAAAUGAAAAGCUAUUUUCUUGAAUAAAAAUGGAGGAACUUAAUUAUUCUCCAGGAGAUUUAACUCACGAGGACAUUACCCAAUUAUCACCAGAAUAUUUGCAAAGAAAAUUAUAUUUCCUAGUAGAUCAACUUAAGUCUAUGCAUGCCAAUUUGCCGGAAAUCUACCACACACGCAUUUCCUAUGAACUGCUCACCGAAUUGGCCAAUUCUCUGCUGAACGAUACAAUUUUCGAAAUAGUCAAGGGUUUAAUGGAAAUCCAACAUGUAACCGAAAAGCAUUUACAUCAAUUGCGCGAACAGGUGGAGAAUGAGUAUGAAAUUGAGGUACAGGAAUGGAUUUCGAAAAUUAAUGAUCAAGAGGAGUUACAGCAUAUAUUGCAAUUGAUGAAAAUCAAACAUAAUCGUAAAUUAAAAGAGACUGAUAUGAAAUUGAUUGCUUUGUUGGAUCAAAAGGUGCGCGAUCAACAGUCGACAUUGCAUAAGGCCGGAGUGGCAGGGUUCUAUGUGACAGACAAUCCCAAAGAGAUCAAGAUACAAAUGUUUCUAUUGGAUUUUAUUUUGCGUUUAUCGAGAAUUAAAUUUGAGCCGAAUAAGUAAUAAAAAAAACAAGGUAAA